AGCGAAAAGAGUUUCGGAUGUUGAUAAAGGGCUUAGAUUCAAUGCCGUAGGGAGGGGGCGGUGUUUUAAUAAUAUCCAAAAGAAGAAAGAAAAAGAAAAUCUCAUUUAUAUUUUUGUCCAUCUCUCAUUUGCUUACUCUAUAAACUCUUUUCUCUUUCCAUCUUUCAUUCUCCGAUUUUCAUUCUAUUUAUUUCUUUUUCGAAGAAUUUAGAUCUUCGAAAAGCUUAUUCAUAUUCCACAUUCUAAUCAAUCAGGACCGUCCUUCAACUUCCGAAGAUUCUCCUGCUUCGCAAUACUCUUUGUUCUGAUCGUUGAUCGGCUUUUGAUUCUUUGAUCUUUGUAUAGUUAAUAUAGUUGCCUGUUUUGGAAACCUUUCCAGGUAGUGAUCGGAGAAAGAUGGUUUCGUUGCAAGGACCGGUGAUUUGCCCUUCCGUUCACAGCAAACAGGUUGGGGUUGACACGCUGAUGAUGAACAGGCCUUCUCCUUGGGCGAGGUUGCUUAGAAGUGAUAUAUGGGGACGUACAAGAGUGAUUGAUGAAAGGAAGUCUCAUAAACUGAAAAUACGAUAUUGCAAGACCAUUGUGCACUGUAGUUUCAGUUCAUCUUCAGAUGGGAGUGGAAGCAUGGCUGAGAGUUUCAAUGAGAAGGAUGAAGAUUAUGUUAAUUCCACUGUGGUUGAAGCUGAUCAUGUCAAGAGCGGACCUGAUGGAUUUAUGAUUAAAAUGAGGGAUGGUAGGCAUUUAAGAUGUAUUCAAAACAAUCCGCAAGCUGGAAAUCUGCCAGAUUAUGCACCGCAUCCUGCGAUUGUUCUGAAGAUGGAAGAUGGGACUGGUCUUCUUCUCCCAAUCAUUGUUUUGGAGAUGCCCAGUGUGUUGCUCAUGGCAGCAAUGAGCAAUGUCCAAAUUCCUAGACCUACAAUGUAUCAAGUUGUUAAGGACAUGAUUGAAAAGAUGGGCUACUCGGUAAAGCUUGUCAGAGUUACAAAAAGGGUGCAUGAGGCCUAUUUUGCUCAGUUGUACCUAACAAAGGUGGGUGAUGAAACAGAGUCUGUUAGUUUUGACCUUCGGCCUUCUGAUGCUAUCAACAUUGCUGUGAGAUGCAAGGUUCCUAUACAAGUGAAUAAGUACUUGGCAUAUAGUGAUGGAAUGCGAGUGAUUGAAUCAGGGAAGCUGUCCGUACAGUCCACAGCUUCAGAUGUUUUACCACAUGCCGAGCUGGACCAGCCAAGUGGUCAGCCUUGUCUCGAUUCAGAGGAGUUCAAAAUUGUCGGCGACUUAAAUGAGGCUAUUUCUCAGGAACGCUACAAGGAUGCUGCUGAUUUGAGAGACAAACUUGAUAAGUUCCGGGCAGCAAGGAACUUGAGGAAAUUCACGUGACAGUUGUUUAUGCUGGAGUUUUCAAGUGUAAAUAGCAGUUAUUGUUGAAGCUGACAUCUAUUGAUCCGGCGGCAAGCAAUUGUUUCUCAUCCUUUUUUAUUAAUUCAUAUCAAUUUAUAUGGAAUAGGAAAGUCCCGUGGAUAUAUAUGUAUAUAAAUAAUUUUUGUACAGAUAUAGUUAGAAUAUUGGUAACAAUUAUUAUUAUUAUUAUUAUUAUUAUUAUUAUAUGUUAAAGCACUUUGGUUUAUGAUGACGCUUAACAAAA